AUGAUUAUCUACAAGGACAUCAUUACCGGAGACGAGAUCAUCUCGGACUCCUACGACCUCAAGGACAUCGAUGGCAUUGUCUUCGAGGCCGACUGCGCCAUGAUCACCGAGGGCGCCGUCAACGUCGACACCGGCGCCAACGCCUCCGCCGAGGAGGCUGACGAGGGUACUGAGGACGCCGAGAUCAAGGUCAACAACAUUGUCCACUCUUUCCGCCUCCAGUCCACCCAGUUCGACAAGAAGAGCUUCCUCGGCUACCUCAAGGGCUACAUGAAGGCCGUCAAGACUGCCCUUCAGGAGAAGAACGCCCCCGCCGAGAAGAUCACCGCCUUCGAGAAGGGUGCCCAGAAGUACGUCAAGGAGACCCUCCUUCCCAACUUCAAGGACUUCGAGUUCUACACUGGCGAGUCGAUGAACCCCGAUGGAAUGGUCGUCCUCCUCAACUACCGCGAGGAUGGUGUCACCCCCUACAUCAUCGUCUGGCAGCACGGCCUCGAGGGCAUGAAGGUUUAA